ACCGACUCAAUUCUGCGCAUGUCCUAGCCCCCUGAUCGUCGCUAGGUACAACACACGUUUCCAUCGGUGGGUUGUCGUGAGGAGUACAUAGCAUAGCCCAGUUCUCUAGCUCUUCUUUCGGAAGCAUACCAAGAAAUCUACCUCCAUACCUUUUCCAUUCAUCACACCAGGAACAAUAACACUGUGCCGUAACUUAUCAUCUUUUUGCAACAAUGGCUGCCAAAUCUACUAUCAAGGUUCCCCACCUCGGAGGCAUCGAUGCCGGCUAUCGUGUCUCGGGCUCUGGCAUCGACUCUAGCAAACCUACCCUUGUGCUCGUCAACUCCAUGUGCACCACAUCAUCUCUCUUUGAAGCACAGUUCUCUGCUCAGGAGCUCACUGGCAAGAUCAACCUUCUCGCCAUCGAACCCCUCGGCCAUGGCGCCACAAGCUCAAAGUCAGAGCACUUCACCUACUGGGACUCAGCCAUCAUGAACCUCCAGGUCAUGGAAGCUCUUGGCGUCGACAAGGCUUUCGCCCUGGGAACAAGCGCUGGCGGCUGGAUCGUCGUUCGCAUGGCUCUUCUAGCCCCUGAAAAGAUCCUUGGCCUUCUCCCGCUUGGCACGUCCAUGGACUACGAGUCCGCAGAGUCUCGCGAGAAAGGCUGCUGGGACCCCAAGACUCAGCUUGGCCCCUUCUACGAGAGCUGGCACAGCAAUACGCCCACGCCUGACUUUGUCGUCGAUGACGUUUGGCGCGGUCUUGUCUCGUCGGUAGGCUUCGGAAGCAACCCGUCUCCUGAAACGCUGGCGUUCUGGGACGAGACGCUCAAGCAGGUCUAUCGCGGAGACGAGGGCCGAAAGAAGCUGCGGAUCGCCGUUGUCAACCUCUUUGAGAGGGAUGGUCUGCUUCUCCGCUUGCGAGACGUCAAGUGCCCCGUUUACUGGCUUCAGGGCACUGCCGAUCCUGUGUUUGGCACGACUGUUCCUGCUGAGCAUAUCAAGCUCUUCACUUCUAGCCCUGAGGCUACGCUUGACUUUGUCGAGGGUGGUGGUCAUUACCUGAGCGCUACUAACCCCAAGGAGAUUAACGAGGCCAUUCUCAAGAUGGUGAACAAGUAUGCUUAAGAUAAGAUAGGAUAGAACAUAGCUCUUGAUGAAUUGAUAUCUGCUGCUAUGACCCAGGGUUUUCCCCCCCCCAACAUCCUCCACUGUUACUCUCAUUUGGCUGUUGGUUCUUUCAACAAAAUCAUCCCCGGACACGGGUUUAACAAGUUUCCCGACGAGUAUGGGG